AAAAAGUGAUCAAGGCCUAAGUGACCUUUGAGAUCUAGCCUACCAAACCUCCAACUCUCAUAUCUGUAAAUGAUAAAGGUCUUACGUGAGUGAGGUUCGCAAACAACGCGACUGAAUGUAACAAAAUAAGGCAUGUUGUCCUUCAUUUCCUGGUUUGUGCCAAGUGUUCCUACAUGGCUAACACCAAGUGCUAUUCCUGUACAUAGUGUUUUACAAGGGCUUGUGGGUGCUUGCGGAAUCUGGAUUCUCCGUAACCUUUUAAAAACAUACUUGUUUGUUGAGGCACAAAGUAUUGCAGAUCCUGAAACAAACCUUAAACAAAAGAACAGACUUAAUGGUGGACUAACAGAGAAAAUCCAGUUCUGGAUCCUUACAGCGGUUCUUUCCGUUGUGGGGUCCCGUGUUGCAUCACUGGUAGUUUUAGAGUUCUCCCUUAGAGCCAUUUCAGCACGGAUCACAGGAGGAUCAGACUCGAUAAUUGACCCAUUGUUACUGCUGCUUGUCCAGUGCCAGUUCUCUUUGGGCUGCGCACUAACCUGCAGCCUUAAUUUCCUCCAUGAGGGGGCACCACAAGGCUGGUUAAGCCUCCUCCUUGCAUUUGGACUGAGCUGGUUCUUGGCAAGCCGAUGCAGCAAAGUUUGGAGACAUGUAAAGACAAUGUAUCUAAUACAUAGCACACAGCGCUAUUGUGGACUCUGCAUUGGACUCUUAACCACUGGCUCUUACAUAUUAACCUGGCUCUGUAUUGCCCUAAUUAUAACUUUUAGUGUGUCUGGAAUCGCUGCCAUAUCAAACAUAAACCAACAAUUUCUGUCAACCAGUGAGGCUCUACGAUUUUGGACCCCACUCACAAUCUGCUACAUACUUCUGGUUGUGUAUAUGAAUGAGGAUCGCCAUCAACAGCCUGGCCAGCAGAUUCUCAAUACAGUUGUUGUGCGACUGGGUGGCCUUUUCGUGUUACUAAUUACAGUGGGCAGGUGGUCAGAUGUACUCCAUGUUCUAAUCUGUUUCAUUGGUGAAGCUGCAUGCCUGUUACCAUCUCAAGACCUUUUGGAAGCCAUAUAUCAGCAUGCCACCUACAUGCCUAAAGGCCCAUUAAAAAGACCUGAAAACCAGGGAGAACAAAAGAAACUGGAAAAAUUUGACUGAUCUUGGAUGAAAACACACUUAACCUAAAUUAUAUAUUCUCUCAAAAUACAAUCAUUGCUGCUUCAGUAAAUACCAGGCUGUAAACACAACCCCACGAGGGUCUGUGUUUUGUCUAAAAAAUGUACAUUUAAUAGAUGUGCUAUUCUGUCCUUAAAAUAAAUGCAUUACUCCCUCAUUA